UAUGUGUAAGCUCAUUUGUUUAGAAAAGGAAAACAAAACUAACAACCGUUAGACACACAAAAUGAUAAAUAUUGCUGGCGUUGUGAGCAUUGUGCUCUUUUAUUUGCUCAUCUUAUUUGUGGGUAUUUGGGCUGGUCGUAAAAAGGAAUCUGGCAAUGAUUCUGAGGAGGAGGUCAUGUUGGCCGGCCGUUCAAUUGGUCUUUUUGUUGGUAUAUUUACAAUGACCGCAACCUGGGUAGGUGGCGGUUACAUUAAUGGUACGGCUGAAGCCAUUUACACCUCCGGCUUGGUUUGGUGUCAGGCUCCUUUUGGCUACGCAUUAAGUUUAGUAUUUGGUGGUAUAUUCUUUGCCAAUCCUAUGCGUAAACAAGGCUACAUUACCAUGUUGGAUCCUUUGCAAGAUUCGUUUGGUGAGCGUAUGGGUGGUCUUUUGUUUUUGCCUGCCCUUUGUGGUGAAGUUUUCUGGGCUGCUGGCAUUUUAGCCGCUUUGGGAGCCACACUCUCUGUGAUUAUUGAUAUGGAUCAUCGUACAUCGGUAAUUUUGUCAUCGUGCAUUGCCAUUUUCUAUACACUGUUUGGCGGUCUCUAUUCGGUGGCCUACACGGAUGUCAUACAAUUGUUUUGUAUUUUUAUUGGUUUGUGGAUGUGCAUACCGUUCGCUUGGGCGAAUGAGCAUGUGAAGAGUUUGACAUCAAUGGAUGUCGAUUGGAUUGGUCAUGUGGAUCCGGAUCAGAGGUGGUUCUAUAUAGACUACGGAUUGUUGUUGAUAUUUGGUGGUAUACCGUGGCAGGUUUAUUUCCAACGUGUUUUAUCCAGUAAGACUGCAAGUCGUGCACAAAUUUUAUCCUAUGUAGCAGCAGCAGGUUGUAUUUUAAUGGCCAUCCCACCGGUAUUGAUUGGCGCAAUUGCCAAAGCUACAAAUUGGAAUGAAACCGAUUACACUGGACCGUAUCCUCUAACCGUGCAAGAAACUAGUAUGAUUUUACCCAUGGUAUUACAGUAUUUAACACCAGAUUUUGUGUCGUUCUUUGGCUUGGGUGCUGUUUCAGCAGCCGUUAUGUCCUCAGCAGAUUCGUCAGUGUUGUCGGCCGCGUCAAUGUUUGCACGUAACGUAUACAAGUUAAUAUUUCGUCAGAAGGCUUCCGAAAUGGAAAUUAUAUGGGUGAUGAGAGGUGGAAUUAUUGUGGUGGGUAUUUUAUCCACCAUAAUGGCCUUGACUAUACCCUCGAUUUAUGGUUUGUGGUCCAUGUGUUCUGAUUUGGUCUACGUCAUUCUGUUUCCUCAACUCUUAAUGGUGGUGCAUUUCAAAAAACAUUGCAAUACUUAUGGUAGUUUAGCAGCUUAUAUUGUAGCAUUGUUCAUACGACUGUCGGGAGGCGAGGCUUUACUGGGCUUACCCGCUCUAAUACAUUUCCCCGGUUAUGAUGAAGAAAAUCAAACUCAACUGUUUCCAUUCCGUACAAUGGCCAUGCUUCUAAGUUUGAUUACAUUAAUUUUGGUUUCAUGGUGGACUAAAAUGAUGUUUGAAUCUGGCAAAUUGCCACCUAGUUAUGAUGUGUUCCGUUGUGUGGUGAAUAUACCAGAGGAUGUGGUUAGAGUUGGCGAACCAGCCGAGUCGGGAGAACAGCUUUCUGUUAUGGCUGGACCAUUGGCACGAUCAUAUGGUGCCGCCACAAUGGCAGGCAAAGAUGAGCGUAACGGACGCAUAAAUCCAGCACUAGAAACCGAUGACGAUGAUCUUCCCAUUAAUGAAGCCAAGCGAUUAAAUCAACAAACGGCACAAGAACAAGUACAAAGAAUGUUGAGCAGCGCCACCGGACAAAACAGAAGAGACAGUGACGCUGAAGGUGGUGGCGGAGGCGGUAGCAAUAGUGGUAGUGGUUAUCAGGGUGGAGGAGGAGGUAUGGCUGUGCCAACUGCUGAGCAAGACAAUACUGCCUUUUAA